AUGCGUUAUAUUCAUUUUUUCGCAAUAAUAUUGAUUGCAUUUAUUGUGGAUUAUGUAGCUUCAGCGAAUGGAAAUAAUCGUCUUGAUAUGGCUGCCCAAAGACGGGCAGCGAACAUACAUCGUCUCGAUACCAUCAUUCUGCUUACAUAUGUUUCCGUAAUGGUACUCAUUGUUCUUACUGCGUGGGCAUUCAAACAUUAUCGGGCUCGGUUUAUUCAUGAAAGCGGUGUCACUCUUUUUUAUGGACUUCUCGUUGGGUUUGUUAUCAGAUACUUUGGAUUAGGGCUCCUUCAAUCUCAGACGUUUGAUGUUGUCACAAAAAACCGUACAAUUGUCAAAGAACCUCCAGAUUAUCUCAUGCUUGAAGUGAAACCAGAAGGCGGAUCGAAAGUUUCCUUUCAUUAUGAGCUGAUCGAAGGGUUCUUCGCAGACAGAAGAAAGAAAAAAGAAGAGCAAAUUGAGCAAAAGAGUAUUUUUUCUCCAGAGGUAUUUUUUAACAUGCUAAUUCCUCCAAUUAUAUUUAAUGCUGGAUAUUCUUUGAAAAAAAGGCAUUUUUUUCGCAAUAUCGGGAGUAUUCUAGCAAUUGUCUUUAUUGGAACAACAAUUUCUUGCUUUGGCACAGGAUGCCUCAUGUUUAUUUUCACAUCCAUUUUUCGAAUGGGCUUUUCUUUUAAGGAGCUUUUAUUUUUUGGAGCGCUGAUUUCUGCCACUGAUCCAGUAACGAUCAUAUCCGUAUUCAAUGAGAUGAAUGUUGAAGCUGAUUUGUUUGCUCUCAUUUUUGGGGAAAGUGCGUUAAAUGAUGCCGUUGCCAUUGUUUUAUCAGAAGUCAUUGAAAAUUUCUCAACAGCAAAUGAGGCAAUAACAUUGGAAGACUUUGGAGGCGCAAUUGCUGGAUUCGGAUGGGUUUUCUUUGGCUCGAUGCUUCUGGGAUUUGGUAUCGGUUGCAUGAACGCGUUCCUUACGAAAAUGACGUUGAUUUCGGAUCAUCCAUUACUCGAAAGCUCUUUAUUUGUGCUGAUUUCUUACAUUUCUUUCCUUGUUGCAGAAGUUAAUGGGCUAACAGGAAUUGUUGCUGUAUUAUUUUGCGGAAUUGCACAAGCUCAUUACACUUACAAUAAUUUGUCUCCUUAUUCACAAAGCAGCACUAAGCAUUUCUUCCACAUGGUUUCGUUCAUAAUGGAAAGCUUCAUAUUUUGUUACAUUGGUGUUAGUGUGUUCGUGACAAACAAUCAAAAAUGGAAUUUUGGAUUCUUCUUUUUUGCCAUGGUUUCAAUCACUGCAUCACGCGCUCUUUUUGUCUAUCCGCUAUGCACUAUUCUAAACAUUCAACGACGUCCGAAAAUUCCUAGAAGGCACCAACACAUGAUAUUGUUCGCCGGCCUGCGUGGUGCUAUGGCAUUUGCUCUUGCUGCUAGGAAUACUGCAACCGAAAAUAGACAGAUUAUUUUCGCCACUACUGUGGCCAUUGUGAUUGUCACAGUCAUUGUCAAUGGAGGUCUCACCGCGUGGAUGAUUGAUUAUCUUCAAAUCAAACAUGGAAAAGAUGCUAUAGAAGAUGGUCACCGAAUUGAGUGUAACCAAAGCGGAGCAAACGUAGGCGAUGAGCCUGUAACUAUGGCUCCGCCAGGAUCGAAUCCAUGGGACAAAGCAUUUCUUCCAAGGAAAUGGUAUCAUUUUGACGCAAACUUUAUGAAGCCGCUUUUAACGCAUGCUACACCUUCAUUGGAACAAACCUUACCGCCAUUUUGUUUGCCGCUUGCAUCGUUGGUGACUUCUAAUCGCCAAAAAGCGUUGGGUUGCUUAGCAACAGCUCGGUUGAUCACAGGACAAGUUGAACUUAAUUCCUGCGCUGACACGAACCAAUUGGCCGGACUUGGAAUUGCUUGGCCGUACCUUAAGUUCUAUAAAACUUUCUUAUUUGUCCCUUUAAAUACCUUACAAACGUGCGAGCUUUUGCUUCUUUAUCCGGAGGAAACCUAUCGCGAAUAUUUUGAAAAAAAACCACACUACAAGAAAAUGGCUGAUCAGCUUUAUGACGAUGGAAGAGACUUUUUCGAAAAUCGCAUAAAAUAUGUCGGGUGCGCUAAUUAUAUUCGAAAACUGCAUGGAGCUAUUCAGCUUGAUACCUGCCUUAAUACAUUUGAUGAUGCAGAUAUGGAGAUAAUUUACAAAGAAACUGAUCUUAAUCAAUAUAAAGACGGAAAGUUCAUAGCAAAAGUUUGCGACGUAGCUUUUCUAAAGGGACCACAAGAGAUACAAAAUAUUGACGAUGCCACUGAUGAACAGCACUAUGCGUUAUAUAGUUUAUAUAACGAUGGUAGAAUUAUAACGUUGAGAGUGCCGUCAAUGGAUGAAUAUUUAGAACUUCAACUUUGCCUAUCACAAGGAAUCAACUGCCAGGCAGGAGAAUACGCAGACCCAGUUGGAUGGAGCUUUAGAAAAUUUUUCGAGGACCGCGCUGUGACGUGCAGUAUUGACGCUUCUCAAAAACCACACAUCAAUGAUUUUUAUCGGCUUAGACAUAAUUGUCAAGACCCAGAUCUCACAGAGCAAGAAUCCUGUCGUACAGUCAGGAACCAUGUAGCUGUUCAAUCAAGUAACAAAGAGCAUACUGAUGCAUUUGAAUAUUGUGUUUCAUACGCGGAUGUUGUGAAGGACUAUCAUUCCGGGAACAAUGUGAAAGAACGAAAGCGGGAGUACGUCAAUCCAAAUUAUGAGCACACUUAUUUCGGCGAGAAGGGAUCAACUCAGGACCCAUUUUCGGUGUUUUCAGUGAUUAAUGACUUCAAGAAAUUAAAUGACAACGCUGUUUACGAACUUGCAAUGGUAAUAAUCUCAAUUGACCUACAUUAUGAACAUGGUUUAAAAAAAAUUAGGGAGUAUAUCCAGAAAUAUUUGCCACCGGGAACUUUGUUAGAGGUAGCAACCCUCUAUAGCAAAAAUGAAUUUGAAACGGUUGCUGCGGAUGAGGAUGAAUACAUCGACACCCGUUCAGAGGGCGAAAAAAGAAGAUGUGAUGAGAGGAAUAAAAAAUGUCACACUUGCGAGGUUUCUAAGGAUACUUCAAAUGUCGAAGUUGAGAUAUAUGAGAAUAAACCCAAUAGAACGGUCAACAAGUUAUGCAUGGAUGAAAAGGCAAGAUUAAGAAAGUAA